CUUACUGUCUUCAUUUCAUGUUAUUUACAAAUAAUAAUACAAAUACUUCAUUACCAUACCUGCUAUACUCCUUUUCCUUGCAGACCGGUAAUAAUUGAAGUGCCACAUUUUGCUGCUCUUCGUGGAAAAGAACGAGAAAUUGUCAUUCUCCGAUCGGACAAUGGCGAGUCAUGGAAAGAACAUACGGUUGAAUCAUCUGAAGAAAUUCUCAACGAAGUAUUACAUGACAGUUUCGAAGCAGAAGACUUGAACCAACUGGAAGAUGUUUCCUCUGGACGAAUAACAAGAAUCCUGACACAAGAUUUUCCUCAAUAUUUCGCAGUCGUUUCAAGAGUGCGACAAGAAGUACACGCUAUCGGUCCAGAAGGCGGAAUGGUGUCCAGCACUGUAGUACCUCAAGUCCAGGCUGUCUUCCCAGAAGGCGCGUUGACCAAAAAAAUCAAAGUUGGACUUCAGGCACAACCCAUAGAUCCAGAACUAACAGCGAAACUCCUGGGGCACAGUGUCGCUGUAUCCCCAGUUGUGACAGUCGAACCUAGAAGGAGAAAAUUCCACAAAGCAAUCACGUUGAGUAUGCCUGCACCAAGGGCACAUUCACAAGGAAUGAUAAACCAAUACUCCGGUUCAGCACCAACUCUACGCCUUCUUUGCUCUAUAACAGGUGGAACGACGAGGGCACAAUGGGAAGAUGUUACUGGUUCAACCCCACUUACAUUCGUCAACGACUGUGUGUCUUUCACAACGACAGUUUCGGCAAGAUUUUGGUUAAUGGACUGUCGAAAUAUCGGCGAUGCUACAAAAAUGGCGACCGAAUUAUACAAGGAGGCGAUUCAUGUCCCGUUCAUGGCAAAAUUCGUGGUAUUCGCAAAACGAGUCGAUCCUCUGGAAGCAAGAUUGAGGGUAUUUUGUAUGACUGACGACAAAGAGGAUAAGACUCUUGAACAUCAAGAACACUUCACGGAGGUAGCAAAAAGCAGAGAUGUAGAAGUACUCGAAGGAAAACAACAAUACGUCGAAUUUGCUGGAAAUUUGGUACCGAUAACCAAGAGUGGGGAACAGCUUUCGUUUUCCUUCAGGGCAUUUAGAGAGAAUAGGCUUCCAUUUUCUGUGAGAGUUAAAGACCAGCAUGCUGAAGCUGUUAGCAGGUGUCUUUUCAUGAAAGAACCUAAGGUACCAAAAGGCGAACCUCCUCAACAACCUAUAUGUAUCCUCAAUAUUGUACUACCAGAUGACAUAGUGACAGAUACGAUAUCAUUAACCGACACAGAUUCUUUAAGGAAGUACACCUUCCUUUCGGAGAAUUUCGACUACUAUCGACCCGAUCCUAGGCUGGCGGAUAUGAGCAAUCUUCUUGGCGAAGAUUGGGUUCCACUGGCCAAUCAACUGGGACUUACCACCUCAGAAAUAAACGUGAUCAAAUCGGAAUACCCCGAUAGCGUCGCCAAACAGGCACAGAGCAUGUUGAGGGAGGCGAUACAUGUCCCGUUCAUGGCAAAAUUCGUGGUAUUUGCAAAACGAGUCGAUCCUCUGGAUGCAAGAUUGAGGGUAUUUUGUAUGACUGACGACAAAGAGGAUAAGACUCUUGAACAUCAAGAACACUUCACGGAGGUAGCAAAAAGCAGAGACGUAGAAGUACUCGAAGGAAAACAACAAUACGUCGAAUUUGCUGGAAAUUUGGUACCGAUAACCAAGAGUGGAGAACAGCUUUCGUUCUCCUUCAGGGCAUUUAGAGAGAAUAGGCUUCCAUUUUCUGUGAGGGUUAAAGACCAGCAUGCUGAAGCUGUUAGCAGGUGUCUUUUCAUGAAAGAACCUAAG